AUCAGACCAUGUGGUAUGUGGGCCACAAGUGACUGGCAAGUGUGGCAAAGGUUUGGACCAUAUCAGUUUCAUUAUUUCUGACAGUGAAUAGAUCAUUCUUUUGACUAUAAAAAAACAGCUAAUAGCAGCCGUAAUAAGGAUAUUAGCAAAAGCAUCAGAGGCUUUGCCUGCACAUUUUGUUAGCUUGUUAGCAACUUAAUUCUAACAUCAGAAUUAUAUAUGGUGUUUAGCUAAUGCUGGUAUCCAGGGUGGUGGUGAACAGUCCAUUUGAAUCACGUUACACAGCCAAAUGUAGUGAUUGGAGUCUAAGUUGCCUAAGGACUUUUAUUAGUGUAUCACAGUAUGUUUGUCCAGCUGGGUAGUCAAACCAACCACAUGAUGUAUGUGAUGAUACGAUACACAUAGAGAUUAUUAAUACUAAUACUCUUGAAUGCAAUCGAACCCUCACAGCAAUACUCUUUUUAAUAAUCUUAAUUUAUAUCUACAGAUUUCCCAAUAGUUGAGUCCAUAUAAGUAAAGCUUAUUGAGUUAUAGUUCUAUAAUUCAUGGGAAUAUUUCCUUAAGUGUAUCAUUGCUUUUAUCUUUGAUAAAAAGCAGAAUUUUGUGAUAAACUGGCUAAUCAAAAUGCUCCAAAAUUACUCUAAAGUUUCUACACAUUGACUUCCAUUAAAAGUUAAAAAUUUGGAAAUAUAACUAUAGUGGCAAUCUAUCAUUUUAAAUGCUGAUUGCCUCUUGAUAGUCAUUAUCAAAACCAGCAUAAUAUUAUGUGCGAAUGGUGGUAGGCUAUGUAAGUAAACUUAUACACGUACAUAUUAGAGAUUACUUAAGUAAAAGUUAAAGUAUUUUUAUUUGUUUCUGAAGGAAAAAUAUAAAUGUACAUGUUUUAAACAUUCAACAACUUAAGUUCUUAGUUGUUCAUGUUUUUCAAAUUUUGAUUUACGGGUGCUGACUGGUCCAGCAGUCUAAAGUGCUGCCACUGUAAUUGGGAGUUUGCUGGUUCGAAUCCCAGUCAUGCAGCUUGCCAUCAUCUGCCAGAGCCCUGAGAGAGCACAGUUGGACUUGAUCUCUCUGGGUGGGUAGAUGGAGCUCUUUCCACUCAUUAGUCCUCGGAUAUCUGUGAGCUGAUGUAUCAGAACCGAGUCGCUGCACUUUCCUCCGAGUGUGCUGUGAUGCUACUCAGAAAUGCUGGUUCGCUGAAAAGCACCAUGGUUCUUAUAAGCCUGAACAGAACUGGUUUAAAAACCAGAGUUCUUGUGUUGAAAAUGUGCUCUCUGUGACACACAGUGAGGUCAGUUGUCCAUGAUGUUGAAAAGGAGACUGUUCAGAAUGUAAACUAUGCUGUUGGGAAAGCUCAGUUUCACAACAUCCACAAUAAAUGCUUACUUCGCUAUUUGAGGUCAAAUACUGCUCACUAUUUUUCUUGCUAACGUGUCCUCCUUCAUAACGUGAUUGAUGAAGAGGCAGCUAUCUUUGGACACAUGAAGUGAUUACUUCUGACCACUGUAUGUGACUCAUAUGAAAUCUAUUGACUUUGAAGACCUAGGUCUAGUACAGGCUAAAUAUCUGAAGAAUGCUAUUUGUGCUAUUUAUGGGCAGUAGUGGGUGUUUAAUGCUGAUUGAUGUCUUUCUUUUUAUUUGCUCAUCCCAACAUUUUUCUCUCUCUUUUUCAGCUCCUCGCAUCACAACCUUACUUGAAACUGUGGAUGCCUUGCUGGAUCAUAAUGCAACUUUUAUAUGCGAGGUGGACUCUUAUCCUACAGCAGAUAUCUCCUGGACGCGCAAUAAUCACCCCAUAUGGUAUUAUGAUCCGCGAUACAUUAUCAGAGAAAGCGGCCAAAUGUUGAUCAUUCCCAAUGUGAAGGACUCCGACAAUGGAGAAUACUGCUGCAGUGCCAACAACGGAAUCGGAGAGCCAGCUAAAAGCUGUGGGGCUUUGCAGCUGAAGAUGAAGCCCCAAAUUAAGAGACAUCCAACAAAUGCCACGUACCUACUGGAGUCCAAGGCAGUGUUGCCGUGUAUAACAUUAGGAUAUCCAAAACCUGAUAUAUCCUGGAUGAAAAAUGAUGAUUUUGUAAAGGUUGAUAGCCGGAUAUCGAUUUUGGAACUUGGUGCGUUAAAAAUUCACAACAUUAAGAAAGAGGACGCGGGUCAGUACCGAUGUGUGGCGAAAAACAGCUUUGGGAUUGCCUUCUCAAAACUGGUCACCCUUGAAGUUCAAGCUCCAGCUAAAAUCCUCAAAGUUCCAAAAGAGAAGAAGGUGCAGAUUGGAACAGAAGUGUCUCUGGAUUGCAACGCCACUGGCAACCCCAUCCCCUCCAUCACCUGGCUGGAAAAUGGCAAUACGAUCAGCGGAGCGGCAGUGGAGGAGACGCUGGUGGGGGAGGUGAUUGUAUCCGUGUUGCGGGUGGUGGUUAAUAAACCGGCUCUGUACACCUGCCAGGCCACCAACCAGCACAGCGGAGGAGCUAACACCGUCAAAGCUACGGCCAAGAUCACUGUCUCAGAUCCGGAGAAUGCUCAGGAGCUCCUGGCCCGGGCCAGCUGGUCUGAGCUGGAUUGGGCGAGUCCGUUGUGCCGUCCGGCCGCUCGGUCUCUGCUCUGCCACAACGCCUUCCAGGACUGCAGCCCCUCAGGCCUGGGACCCUCCCCUAAACCGCUAUGCAGGGAGCACUGCGUGGCGGUGAAGGAGCUGUACUGCUAUAAAGAGUGGAGAGCCAGUGAAGAGCGCAGUCACAGGGGAGUCAUGUCUCCAGGUCUGAGCAUCGCUCUGCCGGACUGCAGAAAACUGCCCAGCCUGCAGGCAGAUCCAGACUCCUGCACUGCGGUAGAUUAUGUGGGGAUGAAGAAAGACCAGAUUACAACAACCUGCUACAACAACAGAGGGCGGUUUUACCAAGGAACACUCAAUGUCACAGCGUCUGGUAUUCCCUGUCAGCGCUGGGACCAGCAGGAUCCUCAUCCUCACAGACUUCCUGUGGACGUCAUCCCCGAGCUCAGCAAUGCAGAGAACUACUGCCGCAAUCCCGGGGGAGAGAGCGACAGGCCGUGGUGCUACACCAGCAGUCCCAGGGUACGCUGGGAAUACUGCCUGGUCCCCAAAUGUGGAGAAGCAGUAACCAUUGUGAGAGCAGCAUCUGCUCCUAAACCGCCUCCAUCAAACCCCAUCGCUGCCGUCUCCACUGCCUACUACAUGAAUGUCAUCAUAUUCAUCAUCGCGGGCUUUGCGGGUGUGGCCUUCCUCACCAUACUCAUCCUCAUGUGUCACAAGAGGAGGAAAACGUGGAAACGUCGGAGAAGCAGAGUCAUGAAGACCCCCACCCUCACCGCCCUUCCUUCAGAACUGCUGCUGGACAGACUGCACCCCAACCCCAUGUACCAGCGUCUGCCCCUGCUGCUCAACUCCAAGCUGCUGACGCUGGAGUACCCCCGCAACAACAUCGAAUACGUGCGGGACAUCGGAGAGGGAGCCUUCGGCAGGGUGUUUCAGGCAAGAGCUCCCGGUCUGUUGCCACACGAACCCUUCACCAUGGUUGCGGUGAAGAUGCUAAAGGAAGAAGCCUCAGCCGACAUGCAGAACGACUUCCAGAGAGAAGCUGCACUCAUGGCUGAGUUUGAUCACCCAAACAUUGUCCGUCUUCUGGGGGUGUGUGCUGUUGGGAAACCCAUGUGUCUGAUGUUCGAGUACAUGGCCCACGGGGAUCUGAACGAGUUUCUGAGGAGGCGUUCUCCGGCUCAGCAGCGUAGCCUGAGUCAGGGAAGCCUGACGGACCAGAGUUUCGCCUCCGAAUCAGAUCCCACGCCUCUUAGCUGCUUAGAGAAGCUCUCCAUGUCCAAGCAGGUGGCAGCAGGCAUGGCCUACCUGUCCGAGCGGAAGUUCGUCCACCGGGACUUGGCUACACGCAACUGCCUGGUGGGCGAAGACCUUGUGGUGAAGAUUGCUGAUUUUGGGCUGUCGCGGAACAUCUACGCUGCUGACUACUACAAGGCCAGCGAAAACGACGCCAUCCCCAUACGGUGGAUGCCUCCAGAGUCCAUCUUCUACAACCGCUACACCAGCGAGUCGGACGUCUGGGCGUACGGAGUGGUACUGUGGGAGAUUUUCUCCCACGGCAUGCAACCCUACUAUGGCAUGGCCCACGAGGAGGUCAUCUACUACGUCAGGGAUGGCCACGUUCUGGCCUGCCCUGAAAACUGCCCACUGGAACUCUACAACCUGAUGCGCCUGUGCUGGAGCCGCCACCCCAACGACCGGCCCAGCUUCGCCAGCAUCCACCGCAUACUGGACCGAAUGCACAACCAGAUGCUGCACUCCAGCAUGGCCUUAAACGAUCCAGUGAAUGCAUGAAUAAAAAAAAAAAAAAAACAUAGACAGAACCACAAGAAGCAGCGGAGAACCUUGAGUCUCCAUAAUCCAUAAUCCCAUAAUUUUUGGAUACAAUCCGGGUUAGCACCCGAACAUCCCUUUCAGACAGCUUCCUCUUGCGUCCACAGUUAAUCCUGUUGGAUGUGGUUUGUCCUUCUUGGUGGUAUGCUGACAUUACCCUGGAUACCGUGGCUCUUGAUACAUCACAAAGACUUGCAAGACGUGCACCAACAAUUUGUCCUGUUUUGAACUCUGGCAUGUCGCCCAUAAUGCUUUGUGCAUUGCAAUAUUUUGAGCAAAAUAUAUCAUCAAACAACCCAAAGUAGCCAUCACAAACACAAGCGUUCAGAGGUGGCGUUAGUCUCUUAAUGCUAGUUGUUCAUCAUCAAGGUCUAAGGAAUAGUUUGGCGUAAACAAAGGAAGUGGUCUCAGUCUGGGUCAUAGCUGAGUUAUAGCUGUACAAUUGAUCAUAUUUUUAUCAUUUUAUUUUAUCAUGAUACGACUUUUCAGAGAUGCACCAAAAUAUUUUUUUUUCAUUGAAACUGAAGCUAUAUAAGUGAAACUGUACAACUUUAAAACCACACAGAUUUCCAUUUCUGAAUUUCCAAAUUUCCAUAAGCAGUGUUAUUACAGACGUAAAUGUACCUCAGUAGGGCUAUUCUAAUCAUAGAUGUAACUCAGUAGUGUUAUUCUAAUCAUAAGUGUACCUCAGUAGUGCUACUCGUCACAUGUAAGUGACAUUUAAAUAGAAAAAAUAUUAUUGCUUUAUUUAAUUUAAUGUAUUUAAGUAAAGCAUAAAAAUUAACUUAAACCUGCCGUUUUAAACCGACUCUUCCUGUUGGCUCUCUCCCUCACUCCCUGCUCUGAUCUCUAAGCCCUGGCCAUACAUUGUUAGGUAUAAAUUAUUUGGUAUUUUUAAUCAUUUUUGGUUGUAAGACAUUUGAUGCAUCCCUAAAACACACUGAAAGAUCAUGGAUAAAGUUAUUUUUGAUUGCGUUUUUGUGUUGAAGUUUGUUUUUGUUUUGUUUUUUCGCCCAACCGCUAUUCCUUUUACUGAAGUCUGGUGGCUCUUCAUGCAGAAAAUCCAUCAAAUUAUUCAAGACCUCUGAGAAAUCUUUAGAUUUUGAUUAAGAUUUUGAUGACUCUGAUCUGAGGCUGACUGCUUGGGAGAGAUGGGAAAUAUAGGAGAUUAUAAAAAUGUAGCUUUAAUACUAGACCUAGGUCUAAAACAUGCCAUUGACAUUUCCAUGGCUGGUUGAUUGAUGCAAGUCCAGCUUCUGACAGACACACUCUCGUCUACUCAUGGAUGAAGGACGUGCUCACGAUGGCUCAUAAGUGAAUGACAUUUCCGCUGAACGCGACUCUGAUCGAUGAAGCUUUUUACAUUUUUUCUAUAUAAUAUUGGUUUUUGAGUGCAUUUGUUACACGAUAUUUAAGCCCUACAUAUUUAUUGAUCGACACAAAGGUCAAGUGGAGCACACAGAGUGCCUGAUUCUGCACCUCGCUGUCGCUGCAGUAUUGUUUCAAAAGAGUAGCAUAUUCCAAAAAUCGGCACAGCAUCACUUUACUAAUGUUUGUUUGAUCAUUUUUUUCUCACUAAUAGACUAUAUGUCUGAUUUGUUUGUUUUUACUAUUUUUUUAUUAUUAUUAUUUUUGCUUAAAGUAUGUGAAAUAUUUUGUCGCUGUCAUGUAAAAACCUUGUAUCUCCAUUUUGGCUCUUUCACUUUUGUAUAUACCUUUAAUCUGGUAAAAUUUGGACCAAUAGAAACACUCCAAAGUUAUUUUGAAUUUAAAAAAAUUUUUACUUCUGUAGAAAGUUUAAAAGUUUUGUUGAGUUGCCAAUUUCGAGAUACAAGUUUUUGCAUGAAGUGCCUAUAUUGUACCAUAUUUUUUGGACUAUAAGGCGCACUAUCAAUGAACGUCUAAUUUCUGGUCUAUUUUUAUACAUAAAAUGCACCGGAUUAUGAUGAGCAUUAUUAAGUGACAGUUUUCAGUGAGGUUUGUCCAGCACUAAGGCUGGGUGCAGCAGCAUUAGCAUUAGCCGCUAACCACACCGCUAGCGGGACAUAAAUACCUCCUGAUAACGCUAUACUGAGGAACCCUGAAUGUUGCACACAGCCUUAGUGCUGAAGAAACUUCACUGAAAACUCACCCUUAUAAUGCUGUACAUAAGGGGACUGGUAAAAUGUAUGCAUAAGACACACCAGUUUAUAAGAUGCACUGUCAAUUUUUGUGAAAAUUAAAGGGGUUUAAGUGCGUAUUAUAGUGCAAAAAAUACGGUAUCUACUGUUCCAAAAAAUGCAUUUAACACCUAUUUUGUGAAACUAUUUUAUUCUCAUUAUUAUUUUGGAACGAGAUGUAUCAUAAACAGUAUACAUACUAUUAAAUACACUGAUAUGCUAACAGUCAUGAGACAGGAACUAGUAUUGGUGUCCCAUGACUUUUGCCAUGUCCCAAAGAAACUACAGAAUGCUGCACUGACCUGUGAUGUGGAUGUGAUUUCUGCCAUGUGUCGUUUUUCUGUCUGCAUGGACAACUCAAGCCAGAGGCCGCCGGUCACGAUCAUAACCACCCACUGCGCUCACUGUGCUCUGUCAACUUCAGAACUGGAAAGUCUCAUUCAUCUGACACCUAGUGUCAGGCCUUGCUUCAGUGUUCAAUCCCACUCACAAGAUAACACCAUGCAACUUAUACAGGUGUAUGCAUUCCCGAGCCAUACUCAAUUUGCAAACAAGAUAAUUUUGUAUACUGCUAUCCCAUGACUUUUGGCAUGCCAGUCUAUUAUAUUAAUUAUUAUUUGAAAAACGCUUUUUUAGUGGUUUAAGAAUUCUGUGUACAAUAAAUACAUUUUCAGUUUUUAAUUGUAAUAAAUUGUGUGGUAAUUUUGUUACAACUUAAUUCUUUAUACUUUAUGAGCUUCUGUCUGUCCCUGUGAUUUAAAAAUACUGUUCUGAACAUGUAAUACUUUUAUUUACAGCUUUCUAGUGUUCUAUAAAUGAAAUGCAACCUGAGACAUUACACAGAAUAAACACAUUAGAAUGGUUUUACACACCUUUCUGGUACACAAAUGCUAAAAUAUUGUGGAAACCAUUGAUUUCAUGCCUUUGAAGACAGAUAUCAAAGUUUUGAACAUUGAAAAACUGAAUUAUAUAUACAGUACUAGUCAAAAGUCUGGAUGCAUCUCUUCUUAUUCAAAUUGAUUGAUUUCUUUUUAUGUUUUGUUUUUUAACGUUGUACAUUUAAUAUUGAAGACAUGAAAGCUACCAAACCAGUAUAUGUUUGGUAUGAUUUGUCUGAGUAUCACAGAUAUGCACACUCUUGGUAUUUUAAUCUCAGUGUAUUCGUGAGGGAGAGUCACUUGGAAUAGUUUUCUCAGCGUCUUGAAGAAAGGAGUUCCUGGAGGUAGUAUUAAGCAUAUAUCUUAUUCAUAAAACAUGGCACAGAUUACUCAAGCAUACAAUAUUUAGCAUGGAGUUUUUUUAAUGAUUUUAUGUGCACUAUGUGUCCAAAUAAAUUAAUUUAGUAUUUUAGGUUGCACAUUUGCUAACACAGCUGUGCAAAUGCACAUAAACACAGCUUUUUCUGAUUACCUGUUGACUUAGAAGCAUUGUCAUAGGAAUAUGGCUCUCUGCAGUAGAUUAUAUGGAGUAUUAUAUGAACCUAUUGGCACCAAGUCUAAAUAGAGGGGUAAGAAGAUCCCCUGCAUUGAAAAGUG